AUGUCUCUGAAGCAGGAAAUCGAAACCUGGGUGGCAGCCCUCGCCAGCUACGACAACAAUGAGUUCGACGUCGCAUUGAAGGUCUUUGACACAAUCUCCGAUACGUCCAAGAUUCUGUUCAACUGUGGCGUAAUCCAUGCCACACUCGGCGAGCAUGAGAAGGCGGUCGACUGCUACCAGCGCGCUGUGCGUCUGGACCAGUACCUCGCCGUGGCAUACUUCCAGCAGGGUGUGUCAAACUUCCUCAUGGGCGACUUCGAGGAAGCUCUCGCCAACUUCAACGACACACUCCUCUACCUACGCGGAAACAACAACAUCGAUUACGAACAAUUGGGUCUCAAGUUCAAGCUAUACUCCUGCGAGGUGCUGUUCAACCGCGGUCUUUGCUACAUCUACCUCCAGCAAAGAGACGCCGGUCUACAGGAUCUGUCUUUCGCAGCCAAGGAGAAGGUAGUACCCGACCAUGAUGUGAUCGACGAGGCUAUUCGGGAGGAAGCAGAAGGCUACACCGUCUUCUCCAUUCCCGUCGGCAUUGUCUACCGUCCCAACGAAGCCAAGGUCAAGAACCUGAAGACGAAGGACUAUCUUGGAAAAGCCCGUCUGGUCGCUGCUUCAGACCGGGCCAAUGCCUUUACUGGCUUCGCUGGCGCCGAAAUCAAGAAGGGAGGCCAGGCCGCAAAAGAUGACAGAACUGAGGAUAAGAUCUCGUACGCGGCGACAAACCUUGUCAAGCCAGAACUUCAGAGCAGAGCACGCCAGCAGUCAGAACCACCAAUGAACCGUAACAUGUUCCCACCCACACCGCCACCGGAGGCAGACAGGAGGUCUGGUGACAGGAGAUCUGGUGGAGAGCGGAGACCUGCCGCCGAUGCUCCCAUGAGCCGCGCGCAAUCCGUACGAGGCGGUGGCCCCAAGCCUCAGCCUCUGAACCUUGGACGAGCUGCCUUUGAUCAGCAAAGCAACAACGAGCCGCCUCGUCGCCAGCCAACACAGCGCUCCGCCUCUGAACGUCCACCACCAAGUCGUUCAGAGUCAAUGCGAGACCGAGGGCAACGUGAUCAGCGGGAUCAGCGAGACCAGCGAGACCGUGACUACAGGCCACGUCGCCGUGGGUCUGACGAUGAUAUCAUUGACGACUACUACGAUAAUGAUCCCUACCCGCCUUCUCGUGGGAGCCGCGGGGCAUACGCUCGCUCAAAACAGAGCAGGCGACCGGCUUACAUUGAAGAAGAAGACGAAGACGACUACGACGGUAGUGAUCUUGAUGACGCCGAAUUCGAGAUGAUGUCUCGCACAAAAUCCAGGAGACGAUCCCCCGCCCGCUCCGCCAGAUCUGGUGGUAGCACCCGCGGUGCAGGCAGCAAAGUCAGAGUGAAGGUUCACUCUAGUGACACACGUUACGUCUUCAUCAGUUCGGAUCAAUUAAUCACUGAAUUCUGGCAACAGAUUCGGGAGAAGUUCGGUGUACGAAAUAAGUUCAAGGUGGAGUUCAAAGACGAUGGCGACAUGAUCACCAUGGCCGACCAGGACGAUCUUGACAUGGCUAUCCAGACGGCGAAGAGUGUUGCAAGGAAGGAAGGCAGCGAUAUGGCCAAGAUGGAGGUUUGGGUUAGAGAAGUAUAG